AAAUACAAAUAUAUACUUCAUCUUUUAUCUUGACAAUCACAAAAUUUUCAUUAAAAAUGAAUCAAAACCUAUAAAAUACGGGCCUGGUUUGUACAGCAAGUAAAAGAGAACGACAAAAGCAAUUCUUCCAUCCGAAAAAAUGGCUUUACUAGUAAGGAACAUCUGCAAGGUACUUUCUCAGACUGCCCAAAAAGGGUCUAUUAGGCCUUUACACGUAGGAGCAGUUCUUCAUCAAGAAGCAGCUUCAAACGAACCUGAAGGAAAAGUAAAAUGUACUUUAAUACCAGGAGACGGUGUAGGACCAGAACUGGUAGUAGCAGUUCAACAUGUUUUCAAAGCAGCAGAUGUCCCUGUUGAAUUUGAACCUUAUUUUUUAUCUGAAGUCAAUCCAACCUUGAGUGCACCACUUGAACAAGUCUCCAACAGUAUUGCCAGGAACCGAGUUUGUUUAAAGGGUAUUUUAGCAACACCAGAUCAUUCGCAUACAGGAGAAUUACAAACGUUGAACAUGAAAUUACGUAGGAGUUUAGAUUUAUAUUCUAAUGUAGUACACGUUAAAUCAUUACCAGGUGUCAAGUCUCGUCAUCAAAAUGUCGACUGCGUUAUCAUCAGAGAACAAACCGAAGGAGAAUACUCUGCUUUGGAACACGAAUCUGUAAAAGGAGUCGUAGAGUGUUUGAAAAUUGUAACAGCAACUAAAAGUCAAAGAAUUGCCAAGUUUGCGUUUGAUUAUGCAGUGAAGAAUAAUCGUAAGAAGGUCACUUGUGUUCACAAAGCUAACAUAAUGAAAUUGGGUGAUGGUCUAUUCUUGAAAUCGUGUCAUGAAAUUGCUAAAUUAUAUCCUAGAGUUACAUUUGAGACUAUGAUCGUGGAUAAUUGCACCAUGCAAAUGGUAUCCAAUCCUCAUCAAUUUGACGUCAUGGUGAUGCCUAAUUUGUAUGGUAAUAUUGUUGAUAAUUUAGCUUCUGGAUUAGUUGGUGGUGCUGGAGUAGUUCCUGGUGCUACAUACAGUGCAGAGUGUGUAGUUUUUGAACCGGGUGCAAGACACACGUAUUCGGAAGCUGUAGGUAAGAAUGUUGCUAAUCCAACAGCCAUGCUUUUAUGUGCUGUCAAGUUGCUUCAUCACGUUAAUUUGAAACGUUAUUCAGAACAAAUCAAAGAUGCAUUAAAUAGAGUUUUAAACGAUGGAAAAGUUCUUACUAAGGAUUUAGGUGGCCAAAGUUCGACAUCCGAAUUUACUAAUGCGAUAAUAAAUAGUCUUCGUUAAUAAUAUUUAAAGUCAAACGAUCUGAGCUUAAACUUAAGAGAAAUUAUGUAAUAUAGAACACGUCUCAUGAGAAUCGUAACAUCUCUAGGUGUUAGUAGUAUUAUCCAGUUAUAGAGUUUAUUUUACAUAUUAUAAUACAUUUAUUUAUUAAAAAAUGUGAAAAGAAAUAUUUUGAAAUUGGUUAAACCAAAGCGACACAGUUUCCUUUAGCACAUUAAAGGAGAUGUAGCUUUUACUGUGUCUUAAAGACGCACUUAACUGUAUUAAUACUUAUACAUUACUAUUGAAGGUAAUUAUAGGUCAAAUAGAAAAAUUAUCUAGUUGUGUAUUAUAACGUUAUAUGCAACUUGUACAAUAAACUAUACAUUGCCUCAUACU